CAGGGUUUGCCUAAAAUGGAAAUCAUUGUCUGCUCGGUGCCUUCCUGCCAGACAAGGCUGACCGUGCAGCCUCAAGUGACCGCUCAGUCCACGGACGAACAGCUGUAUCAUGACAAUGGUUGCAAACCCCUAAAACCGACUGUUCCCGAGUGCAACGUGCAUGCUAUUCUUAACACACCAGCAACGUAUCUGAUAACAUGCCUGGAAAGACCUAUCUCAUCACGGGAGCUAACCGCGGCAUCGGCCGUGGCAUGUUCGACCAUUAUGUCGCACAGCCAAACAACACCCUGAUUGCGGCUGUACGCGACACUGUCGGUGCUCAAGGCCUGCUCAGUGUAUCCAAAGGCGAGAAUACCAAAGUCAUCAUCGUCAAGAUCGACUCAACGUCGAAGACAGACCCCUACGAGGCCGUCAAAGGCAUCGACAAGAUUGAUAUCGUUAUCUCCAGCGCUGGUAUUGCGCCGCUCAACACCGUAGCUGAUGUGCCGCUUGAAGAGUUCGAAAACGCCCUCCAGGUCAAUGCCAUCUCUGUCAUGAUACUGUACAAGGCAACCCUGCCCUUACUCAAAAAGUCCGACUCAGCCCGCUUCGCCUUCAUCAGCGCUGCUGGUGGCAGUAUCAACAACAUGCCCGAAUUUCCCUACCCCAACAUCAGCUAUGCCGGUUCCAAGGCUCUCGCGAACGUCAUUGUCCGCAAGAUGGGUAUGGAAAACGACUGGCUGAUCACCCUGUGCAUCCAUCCUGGCCUCGUUCAAACAGACAUGGGUAACAUGGGAGCACGCGCUUUCGGUUUGGAGAAAGCACCGCUCACCCUGGGGGACAGCAGCAAGAACACUGCGUACAUUAUUGACAGUGCCAUAAAGCAGGAGCAUUCUGAACAAUUCUUCAACGAGACAAUUGACCGCCGCUACCCCUGGUGAGAUAGAACGUUUGAUUUAAACGUGGGCAUUCUGUCUUGAUGCUAUGAUUAUGAACACAUCGAAAUGUGCCUCUCAGAACGAUACGGG